AGGCAUCACUUCUCACAGGCUCCUGCAGUGGUGAGGAUGGCACUCCGUUGGGGCAUCCUGUCAGCUGGCCUCAUAGCCAACGACUUCACCACCACACUGAACUCACUGCCUCCCUUUGAGCACCAGGUGGUGGCUGUGGCUGCCCGGGACCUGAGCCGGGCAAAGGAAUUUGCACAGAAAUACAACAUCCCCAAGGCAUACGGCUCCUACGAGGAGUUGGCCAAGGACCCAAAUGUGGAGGUGGUCUACAUCGCCAAUCAGCACCCCCAGCACAAGGCCUCCGUGCUCCUCUGCCUUGCAGCAGGCAAGGCUGUCCUCUGCGAGAAACCCAUGGGUGUGAAUUUGGCAGAAGUGCGGGAGAUGAUUGCAGAGGCCCAAUCACGGGGCCUCUUCCUUAUGGAGGCCAUCUGGAGCCGGUGUUUUCCUGCCAUGGAAGCUCUUCGGGGAAUUCUGGCCCAGAAAACUGUGGGGGACCUACGUGUGGCCCGAAUAGAAUUAGGUUUUAAUUUGAGCCAAUUAUCCAGGGCCACAGACUGGGCUCAGGCUGGUGGCAGCCUGCUGGACCUAGGCAUCUACUGCAUCCAGUUCAUUUCCAUGGUCUUUGGUGGGCAGAAGCCAGAGAAGAUUUCAGCUGUGGGAAGGGUUCAUGAAACAGGUGUGGAUGACACUGUCAGUGUGCUACUGGAGUACCCAGGAGGUGUCCACGGCAGCUUUACCUGCAGCAUAACCUGCAACCUCUCCAACACGGCCUACGUGACUGGCACCAAGGGCAUGGCCCAGAUUUCCAAGUCCUGGUGCCCAACAGAGCUGGUGGUGAACGCCGAGCGUAAAGAGUUCCCACUUCCUAUCCUUGGGAAGAAGUACAAUUUUCUUAACGGGGAAGGCUUCAGUUACGAAGCCAACCACGUCCGCGAGUGCCUGCGUAAGGGCCUGAAGGAAAGUCCUCUGGUUCCUCUGGCAGAGAGUGAGCUCUUGGCUGAAAUCCUUGAGGAGGCAAGGAAGGCCAUUGGAGUCAGCUUCCCUCAGGACAAAUGCUGAUGGCUCUUCUCCAGUAGACAUGGCCAUGGACCCAUCUUUCCCUGCCCAGCCCUUAUUAGCUUGGCCCUUACUGCUUUGGGAGUAAUUUUUACAAAACAGCCUUUUUCAUGUUGGAGAUCACUCCCUUUCUGGAUCCUGACAAGCCACCCUGUUUCUGUCCACCCGCUUUAUCAAUGCCUGUCCUCAGAUUUGCCUGUGUUUGAGGGUGCUCCUUUGGGAAAUGUCACAAGCCCAAAGUGGCCUGGGAGGAACCGGGAGGAAUGAUGACUAACAUCUCCAGGGCCACUGGUGUCAGGCCAGCUCUACCUUUCUCCAUCCUCCCCCUGGUUUCCUUGUUCGGGACUCUGAGUAAGGGUGGGUUUGCUUGCUGGAGUCAGGAGUCUGUUGUGACUGGCCACAGGCCACAGGGAAGUAUGUAGGUGGCAGGUCCCUGACAGGUCUCUGCUGCCCUCUUUAUCUCUAGUGUCUUUAUAGAAAGACACUAGCUAGUAUUGCAUCCCCUCUGGCAAUGGUUCAGUGCAGUGCUGUCUUUCCUUUAACAAAAUACAAAACUUCUUGCUUCAGAGACAACUAAGAGCACCGGCUGCUCUUGCAGAAGACCUGAGUUCAGUUCCCAGCACCCAGUAGGGGCUCACAACCUCCUGUAACUCCAGCUGCAGGGCAUCUGACUCCCUCUUCUGGCAUGUACAUUCUCACACAGACACACACAUGAUGAAUUUUCCAACAUUAUGAUGGUAAAUAUUCAAUAUGUAUUGCUGAAAACUGUA